GUACCAACGACACGAAUGCAAUUUGCGGAUAUAUCGUCUUGAUAGAUUCAUUAACAAGCUAUUUGACGCGCAAACACUGUUCUAAACACGAGCUAGUGGCUCUCGUUCUUCGUCUCUCACUGUUUCGGUGUUCUUUUUGUGUGGCCUUACGCGAAGCAAAAUAUAGCACCUUUACGAAUAUGCUGAUUUUGCUUGGUGUUUGAUUCGGUUUAGUUCUGUUUUUUUUUUCGGCGAAAAAGACGAGCAAAAAGUGACACAGGGAAAUAAAUGAAGAAUAUACGUCAAAAGUGCGCAAAUGUAAAUGUGUAUUGGUUUGAAUCGUGUAUACCGAAAAAUUGUGUGCUGUGCUUGAAAUGGUAGUUGUGUAUAUCGUAUUCAUGCGAUACUUGUGUAGUACAAACAGAAUAGCAACAUCACCAACAAGAGUGAAUAUCCACGAAUUUGAGUUGCGCAGGACGUAACCAUACGCUUACACACGUUGUUUCAAUUUAUUAUUACUAUUAUUUUGGCUCCUAAUAUUUUCAUCAAUGUAUUUUUACUCAUUUCACUUGAAAAGUCAAAAGCAUAGCCAACCAAUUGUUUAACCAAAUCAUCAUAGUGUCGUUGUGUAUUCGCUAUUAUCUUCUCUUUUUUUUUAAUUCUCUAUCCACCUUCUUAUAUAUUGUGUAGAACGCAGAAAACAACAACAAUUUCCAUUCCGUUUUCGAAUGGAACGAUUAAAGUAAAAGUAAAAAAAAAUAAAUCAAAAGUUAUCCAGUACGUUCGAGACAUUUGUAAUAUCGACACACUGUUGCAUUGAAGAAAAGUGAACCGAUUAUUUAAUUCCCGAAACAGAAAGUGAUAAAAUACCAAAACAGAACCAUGUUCGCCCGGAAUAUUUUAAAAUGCGGUUCGCCGAAAAAGCAAAACCUUUCCGCAAUCGGAAGAGUGUUGGGUGCAGCUGGACCAGCGGCUUCAAGCGAGAAAUCGCAACAACUUGUAGUUCCUUCACGUUCCUAUGCGUUUGAAGUGACAGGAGAUAUUAUUUGCCCAGGAUUUGUUCAGGGUAUCGAUCAUCUACGGGAUCCACGUCUGAACAAGGGUUUGGGAUUUACAUUGGAAGAGCGUCAAGUGCUUGGUAUCCAUGGAUUGCAACCGGCUCGGUUUAAGUCACAAGAAGAACAAAUCGAAUUGUGUAAAAUAUCGAUAAAUCGAUACCAGGAGGAUUUGAACAAGUAUUUGUACUUGAUCGAUUUGCAGGAUCGAAACGAACGAUUGUUCUUCCGCCUUGUAUCUGAAAAUGUCGCUCAAAUGAUGCCGAUUAUUUAUACUCCGACGGUGGGAUUGGCCUGUCAAAAAUUCGGUUUAAUCUAUCGCCGACCAAGAGGAUUAUUCAUCACGAUUAACGAUAAAGGGCAUGUGUAUGACGUGAUUCGGAAUUGGCCAGAGCCAGAUGUACGUGCCAUCGUGGUGACAGAUGGCGAACGAAUUUUGGGCUUGGGAGAUUUGGGCGCUUGCGGUAUGGGCAUUCCAGUUGGAAAAUUGGCCUUAUACACGGCACUUGCCGGCAUUAAGCCACAUCAAUGUCUGCCAAUUUUGAUCGAUGUUGGCACAAAUAACAAGGAUUUGCUCGAGGAUCCACUGUACAUUGGUCUGAGACAAAAGCGCGUCGUUGGCUCUGAGUAUGACGAAUUCAUCGACGAAUUCAUGGCUGCCGUUGUUAAGAAAUACGGACAAAACACACUCAUUCAAUUCGAAGAUUUCGGAAAUCACAACGCUUUCCGAUUUUUGGACAAAUACCGUGACAAUUACUGCACAUUCAACGAUGACAUUCAAGGUACAGCUGCCGUUGCAGUUGGUGGCUUGUAUGCAUCGUCGAGAUUGACCGGUAAAACGUUUGCUGAUGCCACGAUUAUGUUCGUUGGUGCUGGCGAAGCUGCCAUUGGUAUUGCUGAUCUCUGCUGUAAAGCUAUGGAAGCCGAUGGAAUUUCGACAGAAGAUGCUAGAGGUAAAAUUUGGAUGUGUGACAUCGAUGGUUUGUUGACCACCACACGUAAAGAUGGAAGUUUGGAAGGUCAUAAACAGCAUUAUGCCAAGGGCUGCCAACCAAUGAAAGACUUGGCCGAAAUUGUCAAAGAAGUGAAACCAACGAUAUUGAUCGGUGCAUCUGCCACGCCAGGAUUGUUCACACCGCAAAUCCUCCAAGACAUGGCCAAAUUCAAUGAGAGACCAAUCGUGUUUGCUCUUUCGAACCCAACGAGUCGUGCGGAAUGUACCGCCGAAGAAGCCUUCCAGAACACUGAAGGUCGAGUGAUUUUCUGUUCUGGAUCACCAUUUCCAAAUGUCACGUACAAUGGCAAAACAUUCAAACCGGGUCAAGGCAAUAAUGCCUAUAUUUUCCCAGGUGUUGCCCUUGGUGUUAUUGCCACAUUGAUGCAUCAUAUUCCAGAUGAUGUGUUUUUGAUUGCAGCCCGUGAAUUGGCCGCAAGUGUUCGAGAUGAAGAUUUGGAAGUUGGAUCGUUGUAUCCACCAUUGGAUACAAUUCGUGAGGUGUCAUUGAAAAUUGCCAUUGGCAUAACAAAAUACGCUUAUUGCAAAGACAACAUAUUGUAUACAGGUGCAGAGAUGCGUAAAUAUUAUGAAAGAAAGGGUAUCGCUGCCAAAGGCCUAGCAUCAACGUAUCCUGAGCCCGACGACAAGCGAAAAUGGCUUGAAGAUCAACUGUACAACUUCAACUAUGAGAGUUCGAUGCCAAUCACAUGGAAAUGGCCUCAACCAACACCAAUGAAAACACGCGAACUGAAACCAGUCAAACUCACCGAACGCGAAGAAAUUUAGUUUAAAUAAAGACAAUUCGACUCGUUAAAUGCACUACAAAAUUUAUUAGAAGAAAAUCAUAUGAUAUGGACGAUUCUAAAUUGACUUGAAAUUCAGUAUUUCCGAUUUUGUUUAAUAUGAAUAUAUUAUCUGUUUAACCAAUUGCAUACACACACACACACACAUACAAGCAGUAAGUGUGUAGAACGUUCUCAUAAAUGCCUUUUGAUUUGAGAUAAAAGAAACAAAAAUUCUCCACCAAAAUUGUAUUGAAAUUAAUUCCUUUUUGUCAUUUAAUGCAAUGCAUUUAAUUUGAUUGUAGAUCAUUACCGAAAAAAAAAAUUGAUCGUAUGAAUUGUUGAAUGAAAUUUAAUUUCGAACAAAUUAAUUUAAUUAUUACUUUGUUGCAUAGCAAUGAAAAAUAAAACGAAAAUGACCAGAAAUUAUUUAUUUUCCGACGUGAAAUUACUCCAUAAUUUGGCUAGUUGUUGUGAUAGUAGCCAAAUAAACAAACACACAGUGUUCAAUUGAAUUAUAAUCCAUGAAUUUUGUGUCUAUUUCCAUCCUCCGCAAUUAAAGACACACAUACACGUGGCAAAUCCACUUCAAAUCAUUUAAAAUGAAAAUUUGUUGAAUAGAAACGCAAAAAUAUACACAAAAAUUAAUCAAAAACAGGAAAAUGUUCGAAAGAAAAAUGAUUUUAUGACCAAGGUCACACAUGCAUAAAUAAAGGAAUAUUUCUGUUAACUAGAA